AUGCCCGCCUACAUCGUGGAUGGAGGCGGUGACUUCUUCAGCGAGGACAUCACAUCUGAAGACGCAGGAGACUCCGACUCGGACGCUGUGAUGCAAGAAGUUGAAGAGUACUUUUUCGAGUUGUUAGUGGACAUGGAGAUGGUGACCAGGUUGAGAAGUGCUUAUCCGACCAAGAUAAUACUGGCACAGGUCUUCCUGCAUUAUGAAAAUUUCAAUCGAGAAAUCAAAGACUGUAUCUUUGCUAAUAAACCAUUGUUCUCAAAAGUUUUCUGA